AUGCCGCUCAGUCCCAAGACUUACCAAUUCCUGGUAGGAGUCUUUGCUUCCUUCGGGUCGUUUCUCUAUGGAUAUGAUCUUGGUGUUAUUGCGGGAGUUAUUGCUUCUCCAGCCUUUCUAUCGACUUUCAAUAAUCCAAGCGCAAAUGAAACAGGUGCUGUUGUAUCAGUUUUCACUGGAGGCGCCUUCUUUGGAGCUGCCCUUGCCGGACCCAUGGGUGACUGGUUUGGCCGAAGACUUACCAUUAUGACGGGUGCCCUUAUCUUCUGUGUCGGCGGUAGUCUCCAGACAGCCGCUCAAAAUCUGGGGUACCUUUACGCCGGGAGAGCUAUUGCAGGAUUGGCCGAGAUUGCGCACUCUUCCAUCCGUGGACGAAUUACCGGUCUCCAACAAUUUGUAUUGGCGGUGGGAGCUCUUGUUGCUACUUGGACUACCUUUGGUACCAACCUCAACAUUAGCAAAACCAGCAAUGCCCAGUGGCGUAUUCCUCUUGCAAUGCAGCUUGUCCCUGCAAUCAUCUUGGCCCUCCUUAUUCUACUCUUUCCGGAAUCCCCCAGGUGGCUCAUCGAUCAUGGGAAGCCAGACCAAGGCUUGAAGACACUCGCACGACUACAUGCAAAUGGCGACGUUAACAACGUCUGGGUCCGAUCCGAGUACGAACAAAUUGAAGCAGCCAUCACCCACGAGCACGAAGAAGCCGCCAAAGGCUAUGUGGCUUUGUUCAAAAAUAAAUCAAGCUUCCGACGUCUCUUGCUUGUGCUCGCACUCCAAGCCUCUGUACAGAUGACUGGAGUGUCAGCCAUUCAGUAUUUCUCUCCAACGAUCUAUGCGACCUUAGGCAUUGGCACUCAGUUGGCAUUAAAAUAUCAGGGUAUCAGCAACGCCCUGUCUACCAUCGCCACAAUCUGUACGAUCCUAUUCAUCGACCGACUCGGCCGCAGAUGGCCCUUGAUCAUCGGUAAUCUGAUCAAUUGCGUCUGUUUCAUUAUCGUCACGGCUGCAAUUGCGCCUUUCCCAACCGCAUCGCCGUCAGCCAGCAUUCUCUUGAUCUCGUUCUCGUUCACUUGUGGCUCACUAUCCUGGAUCAUUCCUGCCGAAAUUUUCGACACCCACACCAGAUCUAAAGGUGUUUCCCUUGGUGCCAUGAUGUCGUUCGCUUUCAGCACCAUGAUUGGGCAGGUCACGAAACCUGCUAUCGAAAGUAUCAGCUGGCGGUACUUCAUUCUAUUCGUUGUGUGCAAUUUCACCAAUGCUCUAUUUUUCUGGGCGUUCAUGCCUGAAACCGCGAAGCGCCCCUUGGAAGAGAUGAAUGCGCUAUUCAGUGGCUCGUCGUGGUUUGUUCCGACGAUGAAGAGAGCCGACUACGAUUCUCAUGACUUGGAAUACAGGGUAGCAGAGAACGAACAGAAGGAUAGAAAGACUUCCGCAAUGGAGGCAACUUAUACAGGCUGA